AUGGGGGCAUGGUCUAGCGCCAGAUCUGAGCGGCCGCAUGUAAAUGCAGCCCCGUCUGAAAAACUGAAAGAGCUAAAAAUUAAACCAGGUACAGAGCAGAAAACAUACAGAACCAUCGACAACUGUGACAGAAAUGUCCCAAUGCCAAAAAGCAAAGGGGGGGUAAGGCGGACCGAGCCUCCUUCUUCCUUACUAAAACCGCAGCCUCGAAAAGGCGGGAAGAACAGGAGCCUGCACAAAAUGGCGGCAAAAUGGCGGCAAGACAAGAUCGAGGGAACACUCCCUCUCACCCCAAGCAUCCCCAGCCCAUAG